CGGUCUUGUCGCGGCGCACUCUGAGUCACUGGUAGCGACACUGCCGAAAGAAAAUUGAUCGUCUGGCCUACAACUCGGCCUUGUCAGGGUCGUUGAGGACGUGAGAAGCAGGCACGAGCAAUCAAGUCGCUGGAGUCGUCGGUUGCGGCUUCGGUUUACUAUCGCGCAGGCACCAUGCAGCUGAAUCCUCCAUCAGGCCUGGACUGGAGUCGCUGGACGUUGAUCAUCCUGCGCUCAGCAAGUCGAAUUCUCUCGGCAAAGGAGCUCUGGUUUGCCCAACACCACCAGCCCUGUGAACAAGCCCGGGAGAUCAAACCUGCCUCCUACGACGUCAAUAGCCGGGCAGACUUCGAAUCCGAAUGCCUCAAGGUAAUUUGCGUGAGCCUGGAACUGGACCAUCACGUCAAAGAACUGUCUGGUCGAACUGUGCCGUACCAGAUAAUAGAAAGCCGAGAUAAGAUCAAUACCUUCCCCGGAAUGCCUGGUAGCAACUGCUGUCAACUCACCAACAGAAUCACUAUAACACCAAGACUGCUGACGCGUUCAAAGGAACCCGGCGGCAACGAAAGCACCGAUCAAUUCAGACGUUCAUGUCCUCGGUUACUCCGUACUCAGUACUGUCACUCCCACCAACCACAGCGAACCAAUGCUGAAUGGACAGGGGCUUAUUAAGCGCUAACUCCGACGCAAAUAUGAGUCAUACGGUGAACCUCACCCAGCAUUGCUGCAAACUGCCGAAGGUGACCAUCGACUGCGCUGUUACGCAU